UAUCUGUCACUCUGCCUUUCUUUCUGCUCUGCCUCCUUCUGCAUUUACAAAACCAUUUUUUUCAGUGCAGUACAUCACUGAAUGACUGAAUCACAAUAAAUCCUUCAUUAUUGUUCAUUUUCCUUUUACAUAAUGGAAACUCAAAAUCUCACAAUAGAUGAUACCACCUCAUUAUUAUCUGAUAUUUUCAAUGAAACACAGUUUGCAGGAGAAGAUCUCUUUUCCAUUUUAGAAAACCUAGAAAACUUCAAUCAUUUUCCCAUCAUUACCAAUCACCAAAACUCAAAAACUUCUUUUACUACUCCACAAGAUUCUGAAACUGAGCCUGCUGAAACAUCACAGAAAACCAAGAGACAGAAGAUUGCUCCGAGUUCAGUUAUCGAGGAACCAAACAGCGAUGGACAACAUCGAAUGUCGCAUAUCACUGUCGAACGAAAUCGGAGAAAGCAAAUGAAUGAGCAGUUAUCCAUCUUGAAGUCACUCAUGCCUUGCUUUUAUGUCAAACGCGGAGACCAAGCAUCAAUAGUUGAAGGUGUAAUCGAUUACAUCAACGAGUUACAUCAACUACUCCAAUGCCUAGAAUCCAAGAAACAAAGAAAAGUUUACAAUGAAGUACUAAGUCCAAGACUAUUAGUUUCAAGUCCAAGGCCUUCACCACUAAUAAGUCCUAGACUAGUCUUACCAAUUAGUCCAACAACUCCACAUUCACAACAAUGGUUGCAAUCAAUUGGUAAUCAUCUUUCAUCCGAACCUUCUCCUACUUCUUCGGUUUCUUCCAUCAACGACAAUAUCAACGAGCUUGUCGCGAAUUCAACUUCAUCUGUUGCUGAUGUUGAGGUUAAGUUCUGUGGCUCACAUUUGCUUUUGAAAACUGUUUCAUCCCGAAUUCCGGGGCAGGUUUUCAGAAUAAUGUCUGUCCUUGAAGAUCUAGCACUUGAAAUUGUUCAUGUUAGUGUUAGUACCGCUGAUGAAACCAUGUUAAACUCAUUCACUAUUAAGAUUGGAAUUGAAUGCCAACUGAGUGCUGAGGAACUAGCUCAACAUAUCCAACAGACAUUUUGUUAAGGAAAGGUUAUUAACAUCUAGAGACAAGACCAAGAAUCAGGAAUUUUCAUUUUCUUUUUAUUUGUCACUGUUUUUGUACCUUUCUGAAAGACAGUGGAGCAAUAGUAUUUUUAAUUUAUUGUGUUUUUUCCAUUUAUUGACUAUAGUCAGUACUCAUUACUUAGUACUGCUAGUGUAAUUGAUCAUGAUGUGCCUUAGUUUGGCAUUUUGUUGUGUGAUUUUGUUGUA